UGUGUCCGUAAGCAGAGAAAAACCCCAACCCAACCCAACCCAACCAGCCUCCCCUCCCCUUGAACACCCGCUGUCGCUCGGUCUCCUCCGCCUAGUAGAUCACUCGCUCAUCGCCCAUGGAGGCCGUCGCUUGAGCUUCCGCUCCUGUAGCCGUGUCCAUUCCAACUAGCCGCGGCCGCGAAUAUUUUGGUCAGGAACUCACCUGCUUCGAGUCAAUAUGAACCGGCCAUCGAAUUUCAUGCCUACUCCUGAUCAGGAUGUUCUGGAUGUCAAGCCUUUGAGGACUUUGGCUCCAAUGUUCCCUGCGCCCUUGGGUGUCAAUACGUUUAACCAGUCGACCACCCCACCAUUGGUAUUUGUCACUCCUGAGCAGUUUCAAGGGGGGUUUGGUGCUUGGAACAAGUCUGCUGUUGGGUCAUUCUUCGCUUUCGGUGGCCAGGAUGCUUGUGGGGGCAAGACAAAUGCUUUCAAUGAUCAGAAUGCUGGUGCUGACAAGGCUGCUACUUUUGGUGACCAGGGUGCUGCUGGUGGCCACAGUGCCGCUAUUGGUGAUCAGGAUGCUGCUGGAGGCCAGACUGCUGCAAAUUGGACUUCAGACGUGAUAGGAAAUGCUAAUGGCCCCAUUGAUGCCACACCCAUUUCAGCUUACAAGUCGAUGCAGCCAAAUAUUAUAUCACUGGACGAUGAUGAUGACAACAACGAGCCUUAUACUGCUAACCAGACAUCAGCAUCUGGACGGAAGAUCAAGAGGCCAUCCCGGCUCAGCGGAUAUAAGAUGGGUGAUGGUUUGGGAAGUGACAGCUCCACUGGCAUGAAGACUAAACGCACCAAGUCCUCUCACAAGGAAGCUGCUGCUGACAAUGAGCUUGCCUUGCUGCCUCCAUCCAGUGACCCAAGGGAAAUUGUGGAGGCGGUUCUCAUGACCUUUGAGGCACUGCGGCGUAGGCAUCUUCAAUUGGAUGAGGCACAAGAGACUAGCAAACGUGCAGACCUGAAGGCUAGUGCCAUCAUGAUGGCCAGAAAUCUCAGGGCCAAUAGUGGAAAGAGGAUAGGGGUUGUUCCUGGAGUUGAAAUAGGGGAUAUUUUCUACUUCAGGAUGGAACUAUGUAUUAUUGGGCUCCAUGCUCCUAGCAUGGGCGGAAUUGAUUAUAUGACUGCCAAGUUUGGCGAUGAGGAUGAUUCUGUUGCAAUAUGUAUUGUCGCUGCAGGUGGUUAUGACAACAAGGACGAUGAUACAGAUGUGCUGAUCUACAGCGGUUCAGGAGGUAACAGCAGGAACAGUGAGGAGAGGCACGACCAAAAGCUUGAGAGAGGUAACCUUGCUCUUGAGAGGAGCCUGUCCAGAAAGAAUACGAUCCGGGUAGUACGGGGCUACAAAGAUCCUGGUUGCUUGACUGGGAAGGUUUAUAUUUAUGAUGGCCUCUAUAGGAUUCAUGAGUCGUGGAAGGAGAAAACAAAGACCGGAAUAAUUUGUUUCAAGUACAAGCUGAAGCGAGAGCCAGGACAGCCUGAUGGGGUUGCAAUCUGGAAAAUGUCCCAGAAAUGGGUAGAGAAUCCAACAACUAGAGGCAGUGUUUUACACCCAGAUCUAUCCUCCGGUGUGGAAAAUCUCCCAGUGUUUCUUGUUAAUGAUGUUGACAGUGUGAAAGGACCAGACCAUUUCAUCUAUAUUACUGAUGUCAGAUUCUUGAAACCACUCAGUUCUAUGGAACCUUUACAGGGUUGCAGAUGCCUUAGUGUUUGUCUGCCUGGUGAUACCAACUGCUGUUGUGCACAGCGUAAUGGAGGCAACUUACCUUACAGCUCAUCAGGAUUGCUUGUAUGCCGCAAGCAUAUGGUAUAUGAAUGUGGUGAAUCUUGUCAGUGUUCAUUCAACUGCCGUAACAGGGUGACCCAAAAAGGAGUUAGGAUCCACUUUGAGGUCUUUAAGACCGGAAAUCGAGGCUGGGCUCUUCGUUCAUGGGAUCCUAUACGGGCUGGCUCAUUUAUAUGUGAGUAUGUUGGCGAGGUUAUUGAUGAUGCUAAAAUUGAUUUGGGUGAUAAUGAUGAUUAUAUUUUUCAGACAUUAUGUCCUGGUGAGAAGACUUUAAAAUGGAAUUACGGACCUGAAUUGAUAGGGGAGCAAAGCACAAAUAUUUCAGCUGAUACCUUUGAGCCUCUGCCCAUUAAGAUUAGUGCUAAAAAAAUGGGAAACAUCUCGCGUUUCAUGAAUCAUAGUUGCGCUCCUAAUGUCUUCUGGCAGCCAAUUCAAUUUGACCAUGGAGAUAAUCGCCACCCGCAUAUUAUGUUCUUUGCAUUGAAGCAUAUUCCUCCCAUGACAGAGUUGACUUAUGACUAUGGUGACAUUGGAGCUGAUUCUAGUGGUGUACAUUCUCCUAGAGCUAAGAACUGCCUUUGUGGAUCCUCGAAUUGCCGGGGUUCUUUUAUUUGACUACGGAAGAUGUGUGUUCUGUUAAUCAACAUUCAAAUCUAUCAGCUAGAUCCUUUUUGGUGGUACCAAAGUUCUUUGUCUUGAAAUAUGACAAAGUAGGACUGUUCAAAUGGCUUAUCUCAUGAGUCAUGACACCGCCGUUGUGGAAUUUGUAAAUUAAAUUAAUGUUAACCUUUUAAAUACCUAUUCACGCACAAUCGACCCUUUUUUCCGGUGAACCUAGGUCUCGCAAGAUCAAUUUUGUAUAGUUUGUAGAGCAUGUAGUAAUGCUGCAAAUCUUGUGUACGCUUCAGUAUUUUGGCCCAUCAGGGUGGUUUAACUAAAAACCCUUAGCGGUCAGUUAUGGAUUCAGGUAUGCAAGAUAUUCGUAUUACUG